AUGGGUGACUAUAAUGAUGAUUAUGGGUAUUCUCAAGUAUCGGUAACAUCGUUACCAAAGAUUGUAUCAAGAAAGAAACCUGCUACUACUCUAGAUUCAUCUUCGACAACUCCAUCUAUUUCAAAGUCUAUUGCUUCAUCUCCUUCUUUAUCAACCUAUAAUACUACAACCUAUAAUAAUAACAACAACAACAACAACAACAACAACAAAAAGAUUGAUAGUACUACAACGACAACUACAACUACAACUUCAACUACACCUACAUCUAUAUCAACAACUUCAUCUGCACUUUCAACACCAUCGAUUGAACCAACAAAACUAUCUCUAACAACAACAACAACAACAACACAUAUUAUUCAAGAAAUUGAAGAUGAUGACGAAGACGAAAAUAACAAUAACAAAAACAAUACAUCGAUUGAUAAACUUAAAGUAUUUAAUGUGGAUGAUGAUGAUGUUAUUGAUGUAAAAGAUGAGGAAGAAGAAGAACUAAAACCAAUACUACUACCAAUGGAAGAACAAGAUGAUAUUACAUGGGAUCCAUGGGAGACUGGUAGUUCAAAUAAUCUAGAUAAAUUCCUAGAGACUAGAAUCAAAAAGUCAUUUGCCAACAAGAACAAUCUAGCACCAAGAGAUCAUCAAUGGAAGACUAUUCGAGACGUUGUCAAAGAUUUGGCAUAUCCAAAACACAUUGAUUCAUUCCAAGGCAAACGAUAUAAUUAUUUAAUUCAACAUGCUGCUGGUUCUGGUAAAAGUAUUACCAUUGCAACACUUGUUUAUUGUCUUUAUAAAUUAGAAAUUAAUAAUAAAUUAAAAUUUGAUACAAUUGUAAUUAUGAAUGAUAGAAGUCAAUUGGAUGCACAAUUGGGAGAUGUGAUUGUAAAGUUUUUAGAGGCCAAUGGAGUAACCAAUUAUUGUCGACCCAAAUCAUCCAAACAACUUCAAUCAGAGAUAUCGUAUGGCAAGAGAAGAAUCGUUAUUACGACUAUGCAAAAGUUUGCUCAAUUGUUGCCCAACAAGAAUGGCAACGCAGAUUUUUCAUUCAAGACCAAUUCAGUGGCCAUUAUAUCCGAUGAGGCUCAUCGUUCUCAUGGCAAGAGCACCACUGAAAAAUUACACGAGUUUUUGGUUGGCAAGACUAGACAAACCAGUCAAAUCACCUAUUUCAGUUUUACUUGUACUCCCACUCCCCAAUGUUUGGAAAUGUUUGGUGUAUCUUCAAAUGGUAGAGAUAAAAAACCUUUCUAUACUUAUUCAAUGGAAGAUGCUUUAAAAGAUAAAUUAAUUUUAGAUGUAAUUGAAAAUUUUAAUUCAUUUCAAAUUAAAUCAGAUUAUGGUUUAAGUCAUUUAUAUGAUGGAAAGUAUUGGGAUGAAGAUUAUUAUGAUGAUGAUGAUGAUAGUACUUUUACAAUGCAAGAUGUUCCUCAACAAACAGAUGAUAAGAGAUCAAUUCAAGAAAAAUGUAUUUAUAUAUUAAAUCAUUUUAUUGAAACUAAAAAGAAAUAUGAUACCGGUUUAUUAAAAGCAAGAGGAAUGAUUGUAUGUUCAGGUAGAAAGAAUCUACUAGACUAUAAAAAGAUUAUAGAUGAGAUUGUAUCCAAAUUGCCACCAACAGAACAAUUUGAUACGAUUGCAGCAUUUUCACCAUUUGUUAUCGAUGGUAAAACCAUUCUAGAGUCUGAUUCUUCAGUCAAUGGAAAAUAUGCUUCCUAUGGUUCCGAUAAACAUAGAGGCAUCGUCAAAGCUUUACAAGAUGAUAAACAUAGUAGAAUUAGAUUAUUAAUUGUUGCCGAUAAAUUACAAACUGGUUUUGAUGAACCAAGUUUAUGUAUGAUGUAUGUUGAUAAAAAGAUUAGUGGAGCAAAUGUAGUACAAACAUUGAGUCGUUUAUCACGUAUAUCAAAAGAUAAAAAGACAACAAGUAUUAUUGAUUUUGUAAACAAUGAAAAAGAGGUUAGACAAAUCUUUAAAAUCUAUCAAAACACAACAACACUUAGAUCACUAACUGGUGAUUCAGAGCUCGUUUCAAAGUUGUAUUCGACGGCAUCUACUCUUAAAAGAGCGUAUGCCAAGGAACGUAAUAUGACUGUUUUUGCAAGAUCCAUGUUGUACCAUCAAAAGCAAGGUGACACGGAAUACAACGAGCUAGAGUAUGAUCUAGAGGAAUUUAUCGACUGUUAUGAACAAUUACUUCAAUUGGGAACCGAUGUAAAGAAACUUCAACUACCAAUUGAAUAUGAUAUCCUUAAAACUUUACAAAAAACAAUUCAUACUUUAAAAGAUCAAAAUUUAAAAAAGGAAAGAGAAAAAGCUGUCAAAAAACUUGUUAUAAAGAUUAGAAUGGAUUAUUUAACAGAUAAAGAAUCAAAUUCAUCACUUGAAUCAUCUUCAAGUGUAGAUUAUGAUGCAGAGUUUGCAGCUCAACUUUGGGCAGGAAAGAAAAAGGAAGAGUCGCCCGAGGAGAAAAAGGAAAAGGAGGUUGCAAGAUUAAAAGAAUUGACUAGAAAGUUGGAACAGGAACAUCAAGAACAACAAAAAUCAAGAUUCUCAUUUUCAUCUGGUGGUAGUCAGAGUAGAUAUAAACCUUUGGGUAGUGGUGAUAGUAAUAAUAAUAAUAAUGGUAGUGCACCAAACUUGGGUAGAAAUAUUUUUGGUAGUGGAAUGAGACCAAAAUCAGCUCUUUUUUCAAAUUCAACAAGUACCUCUUCUACAACAACAUCAACAACACCAACCACUUCUGGUAAAGCAGCCCCUGCCAAAAGAAAAGAAAGUGUUUGGGCGUUGGCAAAAAAGUCAAGUCUUGGUAAAAGACCUGUUGGUGAAAAUAAUGAUGACAACAACAACAACAACAACAAUAUAAAACCAACUAUGCAUGGUCCAAGUCCACAACCACUAAAGAGACAAUAUUAUUAA